CGUCGUCCUCGUCGUCGUCGUCGUCGUGAACGACGUGAACCGACUCUUCGUAACUCUCUGAUGUAACUCCCUCCUCUCUGCACCCGUGAAACCGCAUCGCGGCCGCCUUGUAUCGCCGCGAUUACGCACACGGACGGAUCGCGCACACACGCGCACGCACGCACGCACGCCUGCGAGAGAGUCGCGCCGAGAGCGGACCCAACGAUCCCGUAGAUCGCCCGCGAACGCCUGCGACGCGUCCUCGCGCGCGCCGGGACCGAUCCGCGCUGAUUUCGCGAGAGUGCGGCUUUUGUCGAGGUUCACCCUUGUCGGGGAUGAAGGACGUGGGAAUCGGCAGGACCUGUGACCUGUGUCUCGCGGAUCCUGCUCUGAUAGCGACUCGUUGGGUUCAUCAAGAAUUGACUCCAACCCAAGUUUUAAGUGUGUUAUUGUUCUCUUGUGGAAACCGUGAGAUCUUCUCUUCUGUGUAUGUGUGUGUAUGUGUCAAGCUUUGCUUUCGAAGCAUGGGAGAUUGAGAAAAUCUGAAUGAUAGACUAAGAAGAAAAUGUCGUUGAUCAUCUAUUUGUCCUGAUAGGCGAUGGUUCCUUGGGAUGAUGAUCGAGAGAAGAAUGUAAGAACAGAGUCAGGACAGGAUUGAAGCAAAGUGGGAAAGUGCAAGCUGCGAUUUACCAUCGCGAAAUAGCUCCCUCGAUAUGACCAAGUAACGACAUUGCUCCGAUAUAUGGAUCGGUUCGCGGAUCAUAACUCACGCUGCAGCAUCGUUUCUCUUUGAUUCGCCAGACACGUAGAAUAUUGGCGCAAUAAAACUUUCCAGACAAUCGGACGGAUCACUUUGCGAACUGAACGUUCUCCAUUAAGCUGAUCGUAAAAGGCAAAAUAUUGCGGAUUUUUGGCGGCGACGAUCUGUCGAACCGGAAAGAAACCAAGCUCGUCGGAAGGAUCCGAAGGGAAGGAGCGAGAUUGGGAGGAAGUGAGAGAUAUCUAGAUUUGUAGAACGGCUUGUGCGUCGAGCUCUGAUGUGUGCCACGGAUCUAUCUCGUGCCAGUGCUCGCGUUUGAGCAAGAUCGUCUCCCCGGAUCUUUCCAUGGUGAAUCGAGAUCGCCGAUCUUCUCAUGCGAUUGACGCGAACGACGCGCGACGUACCGAGAACGAUGCGGUGAGUGCGGACGCACUUGACUCGAGAGAAUUCGCGGGCUCGCGGGGCCGCUCAGCUGGCGAUACAUCUCGCUGACGGAUAUUGGAUCAUGGAUCUGCGCGUUGUCGUUCAGCGACCGUACUUUCUCAGGUGGAAUCGCGCGGAGGACAUCGGCGAAAGUAUCUUCGAUCGUUCACAGAAGGUGAGGGAAGGAUGAAGAAUGCCCCGCGCUGGCGGAGGAGACGGGGGUAGCGGACCCCAGAGGACGGGAGGGGGUGGCUUCGGAGGAUGGCUGGGGGGCGCCGCGAGGGCUAUGACAGGUGGAGGCGCCGGUGGUGGAUAUGUCAUUCUGGGUGGCACCAGAUACGGCCUGCGGAUCUCUCAGGAGAGCCUGCCGCCGGCCAACUCCGGAGAGGACUCGCAGGAGCAUCGGCGAAAGCGGGAGAGCGAUUCGCGGGAGCGGCUGACCGAGAAGCCGGCGGAGAAGCCGCCGAUCGAUCUGGCCGGCAUCGCCGAUUGCUGCUGCAUCGGGCCGCGAUCGCGGCUUCCGCUCCCGCGGAUCCCUCCGGCCUCGAUCCCAUCCUCGAUCGCGUCCUCGAUGACGUCCGCGACGCCUUCGUGCCCUUCGACUACCGUCGACGGCGGCUGCUCGCCGCCUCUUCCUGCUUCUAUCGCGAGCGUCGCGGAGACGACGCCGACGUUCGCUAAUAAUAGCCACGGCGCGGUGCAAACGUCGGUGGGGAACACGAGCAGCACCAGCCAGCAGCCGCAGCAGAGGCAGCAGUCACACCACCACCAACAUCAUCACCACCACCACCAGCAUCAGCAGCAUCACUACCAACAGCAGCAUUACCCGCAAGCAGCGGCAGCGGCGGUAACGUCGUCGUAUCCGCCGAUGACGACGCCGACUUCACCCUCGACGUCGCUCGGCUACUCGUCCGGCAUCCCGACGACGACGCAGACCGUCUCGGUGCCGCGGCAGCUCGCGCAGUGGACGAAGCAUCAGACGCUCAAGCUUCAGGAACCAGCCGUGAUAGCGGUGGACCGACUGCACAGGUUUCGCUGGAGCGGGGGCGGAGGAGGAAGUGGCAAGAAGUCCUCUUCCGGCCCCCGCAGCGAGAAGGCCGAGCGCCUUCGUGAGCUCACCGAGAAGCUCAAGGGACCGGCACCGGUUCCGCCACCCAGAAGACCGUCGCGGGUCCAGGCUUCCUCCCCUCCUCCGGGCGGAUACCAGCCGUCGUCUCAAAAUUAUCCACAGACGGACUCAAAUCCAGGUCGCUACGAUGGUCGUCCGUCUCAUCGCAGCUUCACCUACAGCGAGGGCGGUCAACAUGGUGGCAACAAUCAGCAACCACAGCAUCAGCAGCACCAGCAGAAGGAUCAUCCGAAGUCGAUCGUCCGUAGUGAGAGUGUCAGUGAAGAGUGUCUCAGUGAUCGGUCAGGGAACGACCCGUAUCGAAAGGCCUGCCACGACUCGAGGAAGCCCUCGAGAACGGGCAGACCCGAGAGAAACAGUGGUGACGUCAGUGACCUCAGGAGCAAACAGAACGCCAACGCGGAGGCGGCGAAGCACUUGAGACAGUACAGUGAUUCCGUGGUGGACAGUGCAACGAGUGUGGACGAUCUGUGCGAUAACCUGAACGCCGCUUCCGUUGGCGGUGAGGGGGAGGAUCGGGAUGCGGUAACCACGCUGGAGCCGCGUGGGUUGCUCGCCUAUCACAGGACCGGCGUGCCCUACAGGAGCGCCUCCUUCGGCCAGGUGGACUUUAAUCAAGAUGCAGAUUUUACUUUCAGCACGAACCCGCACUUUCCUCUUCCAGUGACCCGACAGAAAACUCAGCCGAUCGCGACGUCCAAUCGCUCCGAGAUCAAGGACGUUCGCGCGAGCACAUUGCCCCGUCGUCGUGGCGAUGUCACCCCAGGUGGUUCGACGCCCCAAAACAGCCCCAAUCGACAGAGCCCGAGGACGUCGACGCCCAGCGUCGACAGCGCCGUCGGUUCUGCCGAAGGUCUAGGGGUAUCUCAGCAAGGGAACCCCGAGGAGAUCCGACCCAGAAGCGAUGGCUCAGACAGUCUGGCAACUUCCAGCGCACUCACCAGCCCGGAACCUCUGGUCCCGGAAGUGAACGAGCCGAGGGUCGAUCAAACGGACGCGGCCGCCGUCGAGUCGAUUAGUCACGAAUCGGUUUAUCCGAUUGUCGAAGGAAACACCGUGGAGGAGACCGUUCAAAAAGAGACCAGAAUAGAGCCGCACGAGGUGAUCAUCACACCACCCCCGGAGGAGCCGCGUCUGAGUCAAGCUAGCGAAGGCAGCGAGGCGCCGAGCGAGACACCCUCGGAGACGUCCUCGCCAUCCGGCAAAACGAGACGAAACCGGGGCGACACCAGCAAGAGGAGGAAGGGCGUGUACAUAACUCAAUGGCCGGAGCCCUUGGACGCGGACAGGAACAAGCUGUCGGCUCAGAGCAGCGAGGAGAGAGACGAGCCACCUGCGACGCCCAGCGAUCUGUCCGACUGCGAGGGCCACACGCCUCGAAGGUACAGCAAGAGACCCCUUCGCGGGCCGUACGGGCAGAUGCUGGAGGCCGAGAUGGCGAAGCCUCGUACCGCCGACAUCGCGCUCGACGAGGGCCUUCGUCCUCGCAGGAAGAUCUCGGCGAAUCUCUCGUACAACGCGAGCAGCAACAACAACAGCGGCUCCGAGCCGCCCACGCCCUGCCACCACCGGACGACCUCCAGCCCGACGAAACUCGAGGGACUUCCGGGGCCGAGUCCCGAGCUGCUCGCGGAGCUCCUGAGAGGGUCCUCGGAGAGGGUGGCUCGCGCACCGGCGCAUCGAAACGACACGAGAACUCACGUGGUCGUGGAGCUUUACGACACGGAACGAUCCUACGUAGAGGCGCUACAGAUACUAGUCAAUAAAUACCUACAGCCCUUGAAGAGCCCUGAGAAUGCUGGCUUGGUGGAUGCCGGGACGGUCGACGAGAUAUUUUAUCAGAUUCCUGCGCUUCUCAGCCAUCACGAGGUAUUCUUGGAGGAGCUGCGUAGGCGACUGGACACCUGGGAACUCAAGCAGACGAUCGGCGAUGUCUUCCUCGAUGUGUUCACGAAACCGGUGGUGCUGGAGACCUACACUCUGUUCCUGGACAAUUGGAAAUCCGCGAGGAAGGCGAUAAAAACAACGUGCCAAGCGAAACCGGCCUUUGCACGAUUUCUCGAGACGAUGGAGCGCGAGCACAAGGGUAAACUGGGCCUGGACCAGCUGCUGAUCAAACCCGUGCAAAAGAUCCCGCGGUAUGAGCUGCUGAUACAGAGAUUGCUAAAGCACACAGACCCUACGCAUCCCGAUUACGAGUUGCUGCAGGCCGCGCAGAAAGAGGUACACGAGCUGGUCGUGAAAAUCAACUGCACGGAAAGGGAGUCACUCGAGUGGGAACAACAGCAGACAACGUUAAGGGAGGUCCAGGCCCUCGUCGAAGGCCUCGCCGGGAUCGUAACGAACGACAGAGCUUUCGUACGACACGAUCUGGUCACCAUAGCAUCGAAUCAGGGCACGCGGAAGGAACGGGCUUUAUUUUUGUUCUCCGAUCUCCUCGUCAUCACCAGCAUCAAGCGCAGAAGCGGCACGAUAAGAAAACCGUCAACGAGCACGUGUCCAAACAGCCUGGUUGGUCUACUUGACGCGAACAAAUACAAAAUGCUGAUGCGAAUUUCACUGGAUGAUCUCGAAGUGAUGAAAGCCAAAGACGAGAAUUUAAGGCGAAUGGCGCGCGAAGUAGACUAUCUUCGAGAAGACUGCACGAAAUUAACUCAACUUCAGGAACUCGCCGCGACUUUGCAUGGUGCCAAGCAGCAGUUGGAGGAUCUUAUCAAGGAUAUGCUGAGUCAGGCUCAACGACAACUAGCAGAAAGAAAUGCGGCGCAUUCGCAGUUGGCUUGCUUGGAACUAACACUCAAUACUCAAGCCGGAAUUGAGAAUAUAUCUGUUAUGUUCGCGAAACCUGACAAACGUGCGAGUUGGGAAGAGAGUUUCAACGAAGCCAAACAGAAACUCGCGCUGUCGGCUGACAGGAGGCCGUGUCCCGAAUUCGUGGGACCUCUGCCGAUCAGGAAAACGCGAGCUGGCCUCCAGUUCACGUGUGCGGCACCGACGUUGGUGAACGGACAGGGAUCGAGGGACGUCUGGGUCUGCAACAGCGAUGGUUACGUCGGUCAGGUGUGCGUUCUCAGUCUGAGCCCGGAACCACCGCAGGUCACGUCGUGCAACGGGGUCUGCAACGCCAGGAUACUCUGCGUCGCCGGGAUACCUGCCUGCACGCCUGGCUCCAACUCGUGCACGUCGAACAACAGUCCGUUCAUCAACAGCAAGAGCGGUAUAAGCAUAUCGGUGCAAGACGUGGAUGCCAGUGGCGGUAACAUACAGUUAGACAGUAGCUCGAGCUCCGACGACUCGGACUCGGACGACAUUCCAUGCGCAGAUACGGGCAGCGUGACAUUGAGCGGUGACGUGUCGAGUAUUGACAAUACUACGACGGAGGAGGACGCGAAUCAGCCCACGAUGUGGCUGGGAACCGAGGACGGUUGCAUCCACGUGUACAACUGCAACGACAAUAUCCGGAUCAAGAAGAACAAGGUGAAGAUCCAGCACGGCAGCAGCGUGCACUGCAUCAUAUACUUGGAUAACAAAGUGUUCGUCUCUCUCGCCAAUGGAGACAUCACUGUUUACGUUCGGGACCAUACCGGUGGAUGGAACACACCGGAUCCGACGACGGUAUCCGUUGGGACGGUGGCGUCGCCGGUGACCAAGAUGCUAUCCGUUUCCGGGAAACUUUGGUGCGGCUGUCACAAUAGCGUUAAAGUUUUAAACACUCACACCCUGGACAUCGAGCACACGUUCACGGUUAGCAGUGACACGAGCCGCGCCGUUUCUUGCAUGGCGAAUUCCGGGGGCUUAGGCGUCUGGAUAUCCUUACACAAUAGCGCUGUGCUGAGGCUCUUCCAUUCCGGUAGCUAUGAAUGCCUAACGGAUAUCAAUAUCGCGCCGGCUGUCACCAAAAUGCUUGCCACAGGUUGCGAUGACAUAAUUCGGCAGCACAAGGCCGCGUGUCUCAGGGUUACCGCACUGUUGGCUUGCAACGAGCUGCUCUGGAUCGGUACGAGCGCCGGCGUGCUGCUCACCGUGCCAAUUCCCCAUAUAAAGCCAUCCACUCAGAGGAUGUCGCAGCCACCGAUCGUGACUGGAAUCCCUCAUGGACACACGGGACACGUGCGCUUUCUCACCUGCGUGGAAACCCCGAGCCCCUCGAAACCCGACCCUCGUCCGAAGGUGAAUCGUUAUUCAUUGAAGUCGAGCAAAACGCAGCAGAACAAUAUCAAUCGCGGCAAACUCCUGGUGAUAUCCGGCGGAGAUGGUUAUGAGGACUUCCGUGGACCUCAGGCAUCCGCGGAGCUGCAGGCCGGUCGCGAGGACUCCACGAAUCAUCUGCUGUUGUGGAAAGUGUGAUAUAAUCUCGUACGACCCGAGGAUGAUGCAGUAGCCACUUUACAUCUAGCAAGGGUCGCGGUAAACGAAAGCCGGCAUGACACGCCGUGGGAAUCGUUGUUGUACGCGCAGCACAAGGAUGGAUGCCAUCGUCGUCGUCUGAUCGUGGCCGAUCAGGACGCGCCGACAGGCCGGGUUUUCAAGGAACGCGGUAGGAUCCUCUGGCUGAUACUAGCCGAAUGGAUUAAGGGCAAGAUGCGGGAGCUGCACUACUCCCAGGAUGUGAGGAAGUAUCGAUUAUAGUUCGCGCGGGAGUUCCAACUCAUCGAGGACGGUCUCGGACCAUCUCUUUUUAUCUCGUUUUUACGCGAUCCACGAACGGAUGUUGUCCGUCGUUGUUUGGCCGUCAUCAGUCGCACACAUUUGGUGCAGAGUCUACCAAUGACAAGUGCUCGAUGGCCAAUUUUUUUAUUAUAUAUAUAUAUAUAUUUUUCUGAAUAAUAAUAUUGUGAAACAAUUGUUGCAUAAUAUCUAGAGACUUGAAUGUUUGUGUAAAAAUUUUACAUAUAUUUUCCCUCACAUUGUAGAUUAUCAAGUUGUUAGCAAUUUGUUUUAUAUUUAUUUCGAUGCUGUAUUUGUAAUAUUUAUUACGUAACAUGACGAAUUUCUCUGCAUUGAGCACGUGUCUUUGGUAAAUAAAAGCGGAUACAUCGCGGAUAUUGAAUGUUAUGUUGGAAACUUGAUAGGAUCUGAUUCUAAAUGUAGUUCUCGAUGUCGAUGUAUGUUUGCCGUAUAUACAAAGACGGGAUUUCAAGCGUGGUCCACGUGGUAAAUUAACAUACUCCCAAACGACACGAAAGUUGAAAAAACAAACUACAAACUUGCUACAUCUUUUAAAUAACGAGUGUUUUUUGAACGUUUGUGUCACUCGGGUUUGUUCUGCGAACACAUGUUUUCUCUUAGUUGCACUUUUUAAUAUCUUAUAAAUCUAAAACACAGAAUAAACGUACAGCUUCUAAAGGAGAGGAAGAAAGAGAAAGAGAUAGAGAAAAAUAUAUUCAAAAAAUAAUAAAAAGUGCAACUGAUUAAAAUAUGUGUGUUAACGGGCUGACUUAUGAUCAAAAAUAAUUAAAUCAUCGACAUCGAUAAAUCGACGAUAGUGAAGUACCUGGCAGGGCGUUGAAUCGAGCUUAUAUAUGUGUAUAUGUAUCAACACUGGCCUAAAUCAAUUAGCAGAUAUAUAGAGAUCUAUAAUUUGUUAUGAUUACUAAAAGUGCCAAAAAAUAAAAUAAAACGAAAAUUUACUCCCCGUUUGUCGAUCAAAAAUACUGACGUACUUGAUUAUUUCUACAUACGUUGUAUAAAAUGUAACUCGAUGUGUUCGUGUUAAUUGUUGAGGAAUUUAUCGGAUCUAUGUACAUCAAAGGCGUAAAAGCUAGAUUAAUUUGAUACAAAAAUUAUUUAUUUAUUUGAAAGGCGAGAGAAAGAAAGAGACACUUAAAGCUUUCGCUUAGAGGUGAAUAUUUUUACAUUUUAUCUGGAUUUUAUUACUUUUAUUAUUUUCUAGUUAAGAUCACAAGUCAGUGAAAACAAGUUUAUAUACUGCAAGUCAGUAUAAGUGCCAAUAAACCUUUCCUGAAUUUGUCAUCAUGUACGCGUUUUAUUAUAUUUUAUUCGUCUUUACAUUGUUUAUAUAAAAGUUAUUACAAAAUUUUAGAGUCCAGUUUUAAAUUUACACAAAUUUAACUUAAUUAUAACAGAUACUUAGAGGCGAUUAUCUUCAAAUUUCUGAAUUUUCCUUAAUAUUUAAUUUAUGCAUGAGAAAAUUGUGUUAAAAAGAGUAAGAAAUGUCAACUUAAUUAUACAUUCUUUGGUAGACAGUUUCUUACUUAUUUACUCUUAUAUAAAAAUACAUCAUCUAAUUUAUAAUCGGAAAAAGUAUUGUAAAUCUAAUAAUACAAGAGAAAUUUUAAAAGGUUGUGCACCACUGCUUUUGUACGAUCGUGAUAAUUAAUAAUUUAGUCAUUUACACUCGCUGCUUCUGCAGGAGCUCUUUGCAAUCAAUGUCGAAUAAUAUAGUAAUUUGGAAGCACAUUUAAUUCAAAAUAAGAAUCUGAUAAUAAAACUUGCAGCGCAUUUAACAAGAAAAUACGCGAUAAUUUAUCGCGUCUAUUAAUCUUAUGUGAUAAUAUUAAAUAUUCGAAGAAUUAAUUACCAUUUUAACUUUUAGCUAAAAACAUGCAACAUUGAUUGCUAUAAGUAUGCAGUCGCGUGUGAUUUAAAUAAAGUUGACAGUCUUUAAUAAAGUAUACGUACGCCUGACAAUAAUUAAAUGAUAAUGAACCUCGAAUUAUACACGAGACCAACCGAAGUUGUAUGUAUAUAAAAGUCAUCAAUGUUUCUGCUUGUAACAUCCUUCGUUGUUCAUGAAAACAAGCGACUGUAAAAGCAACGGCCAAGUAAUUAUUCCAAUUAUCCGCGAAUGUAGUGAUUUACGUGGUGUUGAAUUUAGUUAAUAUUUAAUUAAUGGUGAGUAAAUUGCUUGCAAUAUUUGCAGCGAAAAAAGUAUGACAAAUUUAUAAAUUAAGUACAAUGGAUAUUAUUAUAUUAAACGUCAGAUGAAAAAUUGUGCGUAACUUAAAGUUUAUUAUCAUCUUACGCAGCGUUUUGGCUUUCACGGUUUAUCAUUCGAAUAUAUACUCAAGACAGGCAGAUCUUUUUAGAUAAAAAAAUAUAAUAUUUAUCGUUCUACGCAAUCUCUUGGUCUUUCCAUUUCUAAUGUUCGACGAUUCUAUUUAUGUGUGUAUGUCGAUUAUAAUGUCUGAAUCAGGAUUUGGCGCACUUAUUUAACGCAUAAAAAUCAUAUUUUGUCUCUCAAAAGAAUAUAUUAUGAAAUUAUAUAAAUUUUUCGAAUUAAGGCAACUGAAAAUACAUGUAUGAAUGUGAACGAUAUGUAAUCUAAGUAUAACACUUCGAUCUCCAAGAGAUCGUUCUUGAAGCAAAUAUACACGGUGUAACGUUACGGAAUGUAGGAAAAAUGUUGAGAUAUUCAUGCGCUUUCAGGGAAUUGUAAUUUAAAUUAAAAGAAAAAAUUGUAUUAGAAAUAUGUUUUAUUGGAAACAAUACAUGUCGACAAUGCUAAAUAAACAGAAAAAUCUUUAUUAGGAGUACAUAUGUAAUAUUUUAAUGUCUAACAGAAACGUGAUAACAGAUGACAUAAUUUAAUGCUGAAAUAUAUAUUGCAUCUUUCUUUUAUAUUAUAAAUAAAUUAUAAUAUAUAAGAGAGCAAAAACAUAUACGCAGAGAGCGCAAUCAAUAUAACUUCUGAUUGACGUUACAUGCUGUAUACGCACUACACAAUGUAUACAUAAAUUUUAAUUAAACUUGCAUUUGUGAGAAAUGUAUACGUUUUUCGAGCGAGACUCCGAUUCUUUUUCGAUAGUGAGUACAUAAGUUAUAUUUUCAAUAUUGUCAGUGUCUAUGGGCGAGUUAUCUGCUUCGACACACGUGAUUACAUUUGUAUCAUAUAUAAUGUCAUUCGAUACUUCUUUUGGUUUAUUAUUAAUUAUAUCUCGCUGCGCUACAUCACUUCGAAUAUCAUAAUAUAUAGCAGGUAGCGCGCGACGUGGGACGAUACCUUAGAUUCUGCACAAGGAAUGCGAAGUGUAUGUUUGCAUUCUACCCCUUUUGUACGUGUGCGAGAGCAUUUGUGGAUGUGUGCUUGUUCCGGAGACCGGAAUCGUGAUUUAGAGAGAAUUUCGAAUUAACAUUUAUUAUUCCAAAAUUGUUGAACGCGCGCAAAUACUAUGCGAAUACCGUGCGAUAUACGCAAGAUAUUAACAUAUAUAUGUAUGAUACUAUGUACAAAUAACAAUGUUCGUUUAAAAUAAAGCCGUUUACAAAUAUACUGA